CUCCUGUUCUUGGUGUCAUACGCAGCUCCAACCAACAGAAUUGGCAUACUUUUGAUGCAUUCCGUGCUAAUUUUAGGUUUCAUGAUGUUCUCAGUAUGGGCGUGGACUAUCGUCUGUGCGCCUGACGUUUUCGUCUGGAAUUUGUGCUUCACAUUCCUAAACGUCUUCCAAUUGGUCUAUGUCAUCUAUCAGAUGAGACCAGUCAAAUUCGAUCCUGAACUUGAGGAAGUCUAUCACACACUUUUCCGUCCUUUCAAGUCUUGUUGGAAAUGA